UCCGAUUAAGUCGCCGGGACAUUCCGUGCCGGACUCAGUCUGUUGGACACACGGCCCUCACCCCCACCGAGGAAACACAAGGGUGCAGCUUGGGUGUCUCCUUCAUGUCUGAAUCCCGAGUCACCCAUCCAAAGGCAGUUCUCCUGCCGCCCGACAAGUCAGAAACGCCUCCCAGGACGGUCCACAUCCUCGUAGGGGUCACCGGGAGUGUGGCUGCCCUGAAGUUGCCCCUUCUCGUCUCUGGCCUUUUGGAGAUCCCAAUGCUGGAAGUGGCAGUGGUAACAACGGAAAGGGCCAAGCAUUUCUACAGCCCCGAGGCAAUUCCCACCACUCUCUAUAGCGACGCUGAUGAAUGGGAGAUGUGGAAGGGCCGCUCCGAUCCCGUCCUGCAUAUUGACCUGAGGAGAUGGGCCGACCUCAUGGUGGUGGCCCCUUUGGAUGCCAAUACCCUGGGGAAAGUGGCCAGUGGCAUCUGUGACAACCUGCUGACCUGUGUCAUCCGAGCCUGGGAUCGGAAGAAGCCCUUACUCUUCUGCCCCGCUAUGAACACCGCCAUGUGGGAGCAUCCCAUUACAGCCCAGCAGGUGAAGCAGUUGCAGGACUUUGGCUAUACAGAAAUCCCCUGUGUGGCAAAGAGGCUGGUGUGUGGGGAUGAAGGUCUGGGAGCCAUGGCAGAAGUCCAAACCAUCCUGGAAAAGGUGAAGGAGAUCCUUUCGGAACUGAAUUUACUCCGGCAGAGUUGAUCCUGGCGUCGGAUUCCUCGUCUCCUUUCCAUCCCCCGGCGAUUCGAACCCGUUCCGGGAAGAGCCGCAGCAAGCCGUUCCCUCUGCCCUCCUCUCACCCACCGCUCGGGAGCUGAGGCCCGAGAUCCGUGACCUGCCCACCCCCCAGCCGCCAGGAACUCAACUCUGGCAGGGAGGAGAGCUCGGUAAAGACCUCGACGCCGAUCGGCCUGAAAACCACCCCGGCAGUCCGUGUCCUUCUUGCCUUUUAUCCUCAUUGCUGGCGGGGUCUCAGUUUCUUAUCUCAGCUCAACUGCUGGCUUCCUGCCUCCCAGUCACGGAGGUGGGAUCUGUGGUGGCCACAGCCGGUCCGGUGACAGAGAUGGGGCUGGCUGCAAGGAGCUGCGGUCACGAGAUGUGUUGGCCAAGAGCGGAGUCAUUCAUUCAGUCAUUCAAUCGUAUUUAUUGAGCGCUUACUGUGUGCAGAGCACUGUACGAAGCGCUUGGGAAGUACAAGUUGGUCAAUGCCCUGGGCCCAGGCGCCACAACCAGAUUCAGAAGUGGGUGUGCACUAAGCCCCCAUCAGCCCCCACCUUUGGUCUUUUUUUGUUUU